CGUCAAGAGUGGUUCGCAAGUGCUACAGUACAGACUCGGUACCUGAACCCAACCAGACGCCGCCCUCUGAGGUUCCGACCGCGCAACCCCGCAAAAGCUCCAGGACGGCAUGCUAGGGCCGCCGGGGACGGUGGACAUGGAGGCGGAGCCGGAGGCUGCAGCCGCGCUCGUGGCCUUGGGGUUGGAGCCCUCUGCGUCGCAGCUCGAUGUUUUCAAGAGCAGACUUCAUUUAUUGAUUGAUGGAAAUACGAGUGAUUUUGAUACGUGGGUAUCAUUGAUAAGUUCUGCAGAGGAAACUUCUGUUAAUGACAUAAGGGUUAUUAGCUUGGUCUACGAUACCUUCUUAUUGGAAUUUCCUUUGUGCCACGGCUACUGGAUUAAAUACGCAGCUCAUAAAGCAAGGUUAUGUACAUAUGAUGAUGUGGUGGGGGUUUAUGAACAAGCCGUCCAAGCAGUACCUCAUUGUACUGAUCUUUGGGUCAGUUACUGUGGAUUUGCUAUGAGUGCGUAUGAAGACCCUGCCCUUGUUAGAAGCUUAUUUGAGAGGGCUAUGUCUCUUGUUGGAAAGGAUUACUUGUGUUAUCACCUUUGGGAUAAGUACAUAGAGUUCGAGAAUUCUCAGAAGCAGCUGAUUCAGCUUGCUACCAUUUAUAUUAACAUGUUGAAAUUUCCCACAAAGAAGCUGUACAAGUAUUAUGGGAGUUUUAAGAAGUUGGUAACAUCAUUGGAACAAGAGGUUACACAUUGCGGUGCUGAAAUAUCAUCAGAAAAUUUACAUACUUCUGAAGCGAUGGAAUCUGAGGAAUCGGAAGGGUAUAUCUCGACUAAAGUUGCUCGCUUGUUUGACCAAGGUGGGCAUCUUAAACCUGAAGUACUGAAGCAGUACUUAUUUGCUGGGGAGCGUUUCUACCAAAGGUCCAGUGAACUCGACAAAGAAAUCUGUGGCUUUGAGGCAUCCAUCAAAAGGCCUUUUUUUCAUGUCAAGCCACUUGAUGAUGACCAACUUGAAAACUGGAACCUGUAUCUUGACUUUGUUGAGAAGAAUGGCGAUUUUGAUUGGGCUGUAAAACUUUAUGAGAGAUGCUUGAUCCCCUGCGCUAAUUAUUCUGAGUUUUGGAUUCGCUAUGCUGAGUAUGUUGAUGCCAAAGGUGGCAGAGAGAUUGCAAACUAUGCUCUUGGUCGAGCCUCGUCGUGUUUUGUGAAGGGAGUCCCGUCUUUCAGUAUGUACUAUUCAAUGUUCAAAGAGCAAAUUGGUGAUGCACCAGGUGCUCGUGCUCUUUUUGUUGAAGGAAGCAGUAAUUCCACUUCAGAUUUCUGCAUGAAUAUUAAUAGACUGGCCAACAUGGAGAAACGCAUGGGAAAUACCAAAGCAGCUACUGAGAUAUAUGAGAAUGCAAUUCAGGAUGCCAUGCAAAAGCAGAACACUGAAGUACUACCGGACCUGUACACUAAUUUUGCGCAAUUCAAAUAUGCGGCAAGUCAUAGCAUUGGUGAAGCUAAAGAAGUCUUUGUCAAGGGAAUAAAACAGGCACCCUGCAAACCAUUGAUUAAGGGAUUCAUACAGUUCAUGAGUACAUACGGAGGAUCUACAGAAAUACCUCUGCUUGAUUCUGUUAUUGCUAAUGCCGUGAUUCCUGGAUCUGGCGUAUCAACAGCUUUAAGCCUUGAAGACCGUGAAGAUAUCUCGUUGUUGUUUCUAAAGUUUGUUGACCUUUAUGGGAGUGUCCAAGAACUCAGAAAGGCAUGGGCUCGACACAGCAAACUUUUUCCUCACAACACAAGGAACCUGUCACAGCGGCACUGUACUACUGACUGUAACAAGAGGAGAAUAACUGAAUUUCUGAGGGUUGCUCAUGACUGUUCUCCAGAAGGCAGAAUCACAUUAAAACAGUCAUCUAAAAGUGAAACUUGUUCUUGGCAAGUUGAUAAAGAAGUCGGUUCGCAAGUGGAUAUGGAUGCUGUCAAUUCAGGAGGACAGGGAUAUGAUGAUGAGCAGAACAUCGGGACAGUUGAUGCGCAACAGGAGGUUGGCGAUACAGCUCACGGCCAACACAGCUUGGACAAGUAUGGAAUUCAAAGCCAAAUGUUUUCACAUGCUAACCAAGAUAUCAGUCAUGAUUUAACUGUAUGCGAGCAAAUUGACCAGACAACAAUAUGUCAGGCUUCGGUAAGUGAGAAAGCCGCUCAAGCUGAAUCAUGCAAUCAUGAUUCUCCUUCAAAUUCAAUUGCUGAUCCCAAGCAGAUUGAUGUUCAGGACAAGAUUAAGGCCAUUGAGCUAAAUGCAGUUGAUCAUCAUCCAGGAGCAGUAUGCUCAAGAUCUGAACCAUCAUCUGGGACAAGCUUACUCAAAGGAAGUCCGUCCGGUCCAACUCCAAUAUUUUUAGAAUUAGAGAAUAAGCAACUUGAGAAAAUCCAGGUAAAGCUGGAAACAGAGCAUGAUGUGUCUGUCAGUAAUGCAAAGCCAGAGAGCUCUAGUGAUAAUCCAGAAGCAACUCAAUGUGGUACGGAAGUCUCUGCACUCAGUCAAGACCAUAUUCAGUCUUCACAGACACAAGAUCUGUCAGUCGGCGCAAAACCUUCCAGCUCAGAAAUGGCAACAACACAAAUUACCACGUGCUCUCAGUUUUCUCCUGACAAUGCAGUGACUGCUCAAGCUCCCCUUCAGCACCACAUGGAUAAUUCUCAAACGUACCAAUCCAUUAACCUUUUUCUAGCUGGACAAAACAUGCAGCAGAUGCAGCAGCAAGGGCCUGCUUAUGCAAUUUCUCAGAAUGUUCAUACAUCCCCACAUUCUCAAGUUCACCUCGUCGCACAACCGAACCAGGGAAACCAACAGUACAUGGAAAUGAUGCAAGGGUAUGCAUCCCAGAUGUGGCAAUAUUACCAGCAACAGCUGUAUCACCUGCAGACUCAGCAUAAUCAGCAGAUACAGAGUUUGCAACAGCAGCAGCUUCCAACCGAGCAUCUCCAGCAAAGCUUUACGCAACAGGUACAACAACUAAACCAACAAAUGGUACUUUGGCAGCAACAGGUCCAGCAGCAGCAACAACAACAACAACAUGCACAACAAGUUCAGCAACAGUCUGACAAAACACAGGGUGAGUAUCACUCAGGGGAUACUAAAGGUGAACAAAAUAAACAUCAGCAACAAGAAUCUGGAAUUGAUCAAAGCCAGCAGUUCCAGCAGCAGCAGCAACUGCUUUAUUUCCAGCAGCAGCAGCAGAUGUACUUUAUACAGCAGCAACAGCAAAUGUACCAACAACAACAACAGCAACAGCAGCAGUUAAUGCAGCAGCAACAGUAUCUCUCGCAGAUGCCGCAGCAGAAACAAGACAUGGAACAACAGCAGGAGCUCUUUCAGCAGCAACAGCAGCAGCUUUAUGAUCAACAACAGAAGCAGAUGGUAGUUCUGCAGCAGCAGCAGCAAGAGUUUGCCCAACAACAGAUGCAGCAGUACCUGCAACAGCAAGCAAACCAACAAGUGUUCAAGGAUCAGAAUGGCGAGCUAAAUCACCAGGAUGCAAGGAAGAGGCAGCUGGAGCAUGGUCAACAAUCUGAAGCAUCACAGAGUGAUGUUUCCAAAUUGCGGAGUGAUGAGCAAUCUGAGUUGUCCUACCCAUCGACUCCACAGUCCCAACGUUCUAGUCAUUGAAGUAAUCCAUGUAGGUUCCAAGCCAAGGAUCUAUGAAAUUCCAAGUGAUUGAUCUAACCAUUCGACACUUCGAUCCAUCAAAGCAUUUUGGAAAAGGGACGUUUCAUCUGUUCCAUGCCCUAACAGUAUGCCGUGUCUGAGUGGUGAUGCUGAGCUUCCCCUUUCCCCUGGUGCAGAAGCUUGAAUGCGCGUGAUUGCGAUUGCUCAAUCUAACACAUUGAAUGUUGGUGUCAUCCUAUAGCAUUUUGUGCCUUCUUCGAGAGCAAAGGCCAAAAUAUGAAAAACUAGCUUAAGUCAUGAGGAAUGUCAGCUGUGACUGACAGCUCGCCGUGGUUCAUAGAGAGCGUUUCUGCUGAAAUUUAAUUAUUAUAUAGCUGUAAACUUUUUGUAGCUGUAAACUUUGAGAGCAAAGGCCAAAAUAUGAUCGAUUGUGUUUAAUUAUUAUAUAGCUGUAAACUUUUUGUAGAAUAUAAGUAGUAUUUUCCAUGCA